AUGGCUUCACGAGCCUGCGACUGUUAUCGUUUGUUGGCUUACUGGUUUGAUACUACGAUCAAGAUUUUCAACUCCAUCAUCGGUAUUGCUUGCGUUGAUAGCGCUUCGAUGCACAAGGACAUCGGUUACGGCAUCCAUCACGGAAGCUGUAACUACGGUUUGGAAAGUAGCGGCGUCCAUAGGAAAAGUGGAGGUGCCAUUAUUCCUACUUCUGCAGCUAUAGGUUUGCAUUUUUACCCAAUAUGGGAAGCAGCAUCCGUUGACGAAUGGUUAUACAAUGGUGGUCCUUAUGAACUAAUUGUUCUACACUUCUUACUUGGUGUAGCUUGUUACAUGGGUCAUGAGUGGGAGCUUAGUUUCCAUCUGGGUAUGCGACCUUGGAUUGUUGUUGCAUAUUCAGCUCCUAUUGCAGCUGCGACUGCUGUUUUCUUGAUCUACCCAAUUGGUCAAGGAGUGAAAGCGUUUCCUUACAAUCAUUCUUAUGAAUGA